AUGCAGCUCAAGCUUCUCGUGAGCGUCUUCCUCCUCAUCGCCGAGGUCCUGACCGGCGGUUUCGCCGGUGCAUUAGAUCGGGCGUGGUUGUAUUACGCCUACCAGAUCGACGGGCUGAAUGAUCCAGCACAACGUAGGCUUGGAUGGAAAUUCCUAAGCUGGGACAGUAUCGUGAAGAAGUGCAGGAUCCAUAGAAGAACCAAGCAGGAAUGCGAACUUGUCAACUUCCUCGGCGGGUCAUCGUCAAAGGACCUGUUUGCCGCAAACAAGCCUGGAAGACUCUUGGACUCCCAGACGACAGAUCCAGACCCCGAAUAG